GGUUCAAUCCAUCCUCACAACUCUCUCUCUCUCUCUCUCUCUCACACACACACACAAUUGCACAAAUGGGAGAAACAAACAUUGUUUCGUUAGAGAGAAAGCCAGUGGAAUUGAUGGUUUCGUAUUCGAAAAAGAAGCCAAAGAUAGCAAGCCAAGACCCAACCAUGGCUCUCGCCACCGCACGGCAUCAGUUCGGUGAGCACGGUGGCGUCAACAUGUCAAUUGAAGCUUCAGCAACCUUCACAGUCAUGGAACCAGCGACCAUGGGCAAAAUGUUUGCCGGAGAACUCGGUCCUGAGCAAGGCUUCUUCAUCUAUAGCCGUCAUUUCAACCCCACCGUCUUAAAUCUCAGCCGUCAAAUUGCAGCCAUAGAAGGUACCGAGGCUGCAUACUGCACAGCAAGUGGUAUGGCUGCCAUUUCGACAGUCCUAAUGCAAUUAUGUAGUAGCGGAGGACAUGUGGUUGCAUCGUGUUGCUUGUAUGGUGGGACACAUGCAUUGUUGAACCACUUUCUUCCUAGGGUUUGUAACAUAACAACAACAUUUGUGGACGUAAGAGAUGUUGACAUGGUGAAGGAAGCCAUUGUGGAGGGAAGGACUAAUGUCCUUUACGUGGAAUCCAUGUCUAACCCUACUCUAAUGGUUGCUAAUUUGCCGGAACUAUGUAGGAUAGCACACGAUAAGGGGGUGAAGGUUGUGGUGGAUAACACCUUCACUCCCAUGGUACUGUCCCCUGCUAAGUUGGGUGCCGAUAUAGUAGUGCACAGCCUCACCAAAUACAUCAGUGGGGGAGCCGAUAUUAUUGCUGGUGCAGUUUGUGGCCCAGCUAGCUUAGUGAAUUCCAUGAUGGACCUUCAUCAAGGGGCAUUCAUGCUUCUUGGUCCGACCAUGAACGCCAAGGUCGCAUUCGAGCUCUCCGAGAGACUUCCCCACCUAGGCCUCAGAAUGAAGGAACAUUGCCGGCGAGCAAUGGUCUAUGCUACAAGGAUGAAGAAAUUGGGCCUGAAAGUUAUUUACCCAGGCCUUGAAGAACACCCAGACCACACUCUUAUGAAGUCCAUGACAAAUGAGAAUUAUGGGUUUGGUGGAAUCUUAUGUUUGGACAUGGAGACAGAGGAGAAGGCAAACCAGUUGAUGAACCAUCUCCAAAACAGCACCCAGUUUGGUAUAAUGGCUGUUAGCUUGGGAUACUAUGAGACCCUUAUGUCAUGCUCUGGUAGUAGUACUAGUAGCGAAAUGAAUGCCGUGGAGAAGAAGAUGGCCGGAAUCUCACCGGGGUUAAUAAGGAUGUCGAUCGGAUACAGUGGAACUCUUGAGCAGAAAUGGAGCCAAUUUGAGAAGGCACUUGCAGGAAUCAAAGAUUGUGGUUUAUCCAAGAAUUAGGUAUAAAGCUUUUCCUAGGUUUAUGUAUUGAUGUGUAUAAUUGAUUGCAUAAAAU